AUGUCUGCAAAGCACUUCAUUGACGACCCGACCCACCUCGUCCAGACUUCUCUCCACAGUUUAACCCUCACAAACCCUUCUGUCGCCUUCGAUGCGCAGAACCGAAUUGUAUACCGGCGACCGACGAAGGAGUUGACAGACAAUCCAAAGGUCUCCAUUAUCACUGGUGGAGGCUCUGGCCACGAACCGGCAUUUGCAGGCUUUGUAGGAAAGGGUUUCGUCACAGCCGCUGUUGCAGGCACCAUUUUCGCGAGUCCUUCCGCCGAGCAAGUUCGCCGUGCCGCUCUUACGAGAGUACCUACAGAGAAGGGCGUUGCUAUAGUCACUUUCAACUACACCGGAGAUGUCUUGAACUUUGGCAUGGCUGCCGAGAAGGCAAAAGCCGCCGGAGUUGACACCGAGUUCUACGCAAUCGGCGACGAUGUGGGCGUUGGCCGGGCAAAAGGAGGCAAGGUCGGCAGACGAGGCAUUGGUGGCUCUAUCUUGGUACUCAAGAUAAUAGGAGCACUGGCUGAAGCUGGUGGAAGUUUGAAAGAAGUUUACAAGCUUACGCAGCAAGUUGCCGGAAACCUUGUGUCUGUCGGCGCGUCGAUGGAACACGUCCACGUUCCAGGACGAGAGAAACCUGACCCAAACUCCGACGAGAUCAUACCAACGGAGGAAAUCGAAAUCGGCAUGGGUAUUCACAACGAACCGGGCAGUCAUCGCGUCUCCGCAACCUUACCUGAACUCAUCAAGACUAUGCUGGCGCAGAUGCUAGAUCCCAACGACAAGGACAGGCACUACGUUGACAUUAAGAAGGGCGACAAGACCGUCCUGCUAAUAAAUAACCUAGGAGGUGUGAGCAAUUUGGAAAUCGGCGGUAUCUUAGCUGAGGUGCACAAACAACUCAAAGAAGACUGGGGCAUUGUUCCUGUCAGAGUUAUCGCUGGUACUUUCAUCACCUCGCUUAACGGCUUGGGAUUCUCGGCAUCUAUUCUGAAGCUGGAGGACACCGGCCUUGGACCAGGCAAGUCGAUGCUCGAACUUCUCGAUGCCCCGGCUGAGGCCUUCGGUUGGGCUGCCGCCACUCGGACGUCGACCUGGGAAGCUGAUAACACCGCCACCAUGGAGGGCCACGCAGCGGUGACAGCAGAAGGGAAAUCUUCUAAUCUGAAACUCGACCCCAAAAAGGCACACGCAACCCUCAAAGCCGGUCUGGACAAGAUGAUCGCGGCAGAAGCUGAAGUGACCAAAUACGACACGAUCAUUGGAGACGGCGACUGCGGGAUCGGUCUGAAGCGAGGAGCUGAAGCUGUUCUCAAGGAGCUCUCUUCCGGCGAUCUGCCUGCCGACGCUGUUGCCUUUGUCAAUAAAAUUACUCCUGUGGUUGAAAACACCAUGGACGGCACGUCGGGUGCCAUCUACGCCAUCUUCCUUAAUGCGUUGUCCCAUGGGCUUCGAGAACAAGAUACUGCAUCUUCGACGACCGUGGACGCAAAAAUCUGGGCCGCCGCCCUCAAGUCCAGCCUUCAAGCGCUGGGUAAAUAUACGCCAGCAGUGCCUGGCGACAGGACGCUGAUGGACGCGCUCGUGCCGUUUGUUGACACGCUGAGCAGCACAGGGGAUGUGAACAAGGCGGCUGAAGCGGCCAAAGAAGGCGCGGAGAAGACUAAAAGCAUGAAGGCCAGCUUAGGAAGAGCCGUGUACGUUGGCGCAGAGGAUGAGUGGAUGGGCAAGAUCCCAGAUCCAGGGGCUUGGGGUCUGCAAGAGUUUUUGAUCGGGCUGGCUGGUGCCUGUUAG